AUGUUCGGAGAGAUUCGCCGCAGAGAAGCCUCCUCUUCCUCCUUCCAUUUUCGCUCACUUACUCUCUCUUCCUCCCAUCCCCACUGUCGCACACCCUCUUCCUCCCAUCCCCACUCACUCUCUCUUCCUCCCAUCCCCACUCACUCUCUCUUCCUCCCAUCCCCACUCACUCUCUCUUCCUCCCAUCCCCACUCUCACACACCCUCUUCCUCUCCCCACUCUCACUCCCUCGUCCUCCCAUCCCCACUCUCACUCCCUCGUCCUCCCAUCCCCACUCUCACUCCCUCUUCCUCUCAUCCGGCUCUCAUCCCUCCUCCACGCAUCCUAACUCGCCUCCCUGCCUUUUCCUCUUUCCCCCUACUCCCCCUUCCCUCCCCAGUUCCACAUGGCACAGCAGUGGCUGGACAGCCACGAGGGCGGGCGAGUUGUGGACCUCAUUUGCUUGGCUGGACAGCCACGAGGGCAGGCGGGCGGCGGACCUCAGCUGUGACUGUGCCCCUGCCUCCCCACCUCUUCCCCGCUCUUUCCCCCCCUCGACUUUCCCUCAUUCCCAACUCCUCCCCUCCCCCUUCCCUCUGCCCAGUUCCGCAUGGCACAGCGGUGGCUGGGCAGCCACGAGGGCGGGCGAGUGGUGGGCCUGAGCUUUCCGCACGGCACAGCAGUGGCUGGACAGCCACGAAGGUGGUCGCGUUGUGGAACUUUCCAUCUCUGGCUGUUGCAUCGACAACCCACUUCUCCACCUCUCCACCUCUUUCCCCACCACUCAUGCCCCCUCUCCCCACCUUUCCCCCUCACCAGUUCCGCAUGGCACAGCAGUGGUUGGACAGCCACGAGGGCGGGCGCGUUGUGGACCUCAGCUGUGGCUCCGGGCUCUUCACACGCCGCUUCGCUGCUGCUGGCAGCUGGGCCACGGUGAUUGCAGCAGACCUGUCAGGGGCCAUGCUGGAGCAGACAGCAGCGUACAUCAAGGAGGAUAAGAGCCUGCAGGAAGCUCAGGAACGCAUCAUGCUGGUACAGGCGGACGUGGCGCGCCUGCCCUUCUGCUCGGGGUCCAUUGAUGCAAUCCAUGCCGGGGCUGCCAUGCACUGCUGGCCGUCGCCCUCUCUUGCUAUGGCGGAGAUAAACCGGGUGCUGCGGCCUGGAGGCAAGUUCGUGGCAUCCACAAUCCUCUGGCCCUCUGCUCCCUUCGGCAACGAACUCUUCCAGUCCCUUCACAAGUCAAUGCGCGCGGACACGACCAUGAAGCUGUGGGAGGGUGAGGAGCUGAGGGAGCUGUUGCAGCUGUCGGGGUUUGUGGAGUACCGCCAGGAAACCAACGGGCAGUUUAUCAUGGUUUUCGGGCAGAAGGCCGAGUGA